AUGCAGUUUUGUGUAGAUUGUCCUGGCGUUUUACAGAACUACCCAGAGACUGUUAAACAGAAACUGUUACAGCACCCAGGUAGUUGGGCAAAUGUACAUUUUUACUGCACAGCAUUGACUUCAGUGGUCCUAAGAGUGACUGGGAUUAAGAUAAUCAUAUUUACCCUGGACGAGCUUCUGACCAACGUGAUGAUUUACUGGGUGACCGGCUCUAUUACCUCCUCCAUGCAAUUCUACACAGAAAAUCUGAAGGGGAACCCCAUCGACCGCAUUGACGGCAAAGUCGAGACCUAUAUUCCCACUGGGCUGGCUGCCUUCCCCCAGGAGGUGGGACACAUGCCGCUAGUGUGGGCGAAGCAGAUGCAGAAGAAUGUGCUCAGUUACUCCUACAUGGCCCGGGGCGGUCAUUUUGCAGCAUUCGAGGAGCCGGGGUUGUUGGCUGAGGACAUCCGGAGGUUUGUCCAGAUGGUGGAGAAGAGAGCAUGAGUGCGAUGGUGCUGGGUCACUGAAGCGCUGGGAUUUCCCCCUGGAACGCCCAGCAUCCACCCACUUCCCCCGGAGCGCCUGGAAUUCCCCCCAGAACAUCCGAAUCCCCCACUCCUACCCCAGAGUGACGUCUGCUCUCAGCUGCAAAACUGGAAAUAAGCCUGAAAUCAAAUCCGUGGGGGGAACUGUGCUCCACUGAGAAAACUAUCACAAACAUCGCAACUAGCUGUUAGCUAGCUGGUCUUCACAUGCUGAGCGCAAUUCAUAUUAUAUUAAUUGUCUGCUGUGUU